CUCAUUUUGUUCUCCGGAGGGACGAACUCUCCGUUCCGCUCAUUGUUUUUGUCACAACAAGCGCGUGAAAUCCGCACCUCAGAUGGUCUCCACUGACCUACAUAACAACAGCGUAUGGGUGGAAAGGUCGACACUAGAGCAAGCAUCGGAGUCCUGUACGGUUCGGGAAGUUAUUGAUCAGGAGCCGGUUGAUUUAUUUGGGUAAUGUAAGCAGUGCAGAUGGUGAUGGACGCGCGCGCUGCAGCAGUGCUGCCAUCGCACUGCUGUCCUCUGAGUGAUCGAUAAUGUAGCAGAACAUCAGGCAGGAGAACGGACUUUAUCUAACCACUUCGGAGGAGUCUCGGUCUAAGCCGCAUUUCAGAGGCUAAAACAACAUCUCACAGGAACUGAACCGAGACAUUCAAGCGACGUCGGGAGAUUUCUGUGAGCUGGGGACUGAACAAAAACAGCAAUCGCAUCUUUGAACAACGGAGCUCCCACUCCACAUUUAUUCACCCCAAAGACACUACAGAUAUACGCCAAAAACCAUGUCAGUAGAUAAAACAUGCUUUGUUUCCACGGGGACGCGAGGGUCGACAGGCCGCUGACCGUCACAAGGGGGAGCCGGACGGGAGAUCUGCGGAGGGCUUUUUUGAACACAGUAUUAUCAGACUUCACCUACGAGGGACCAUGUUGUCCAUCUUAGCGGCGGGGUCUGUGUUCUUCCCGGGCCUUUUCCUGUUGUCCAAGCACUGUCUCAAAUCCAUCCCUGGACUGCGGUGGAGUGAGGGCGAUGCCGUCAUCGUUUCAGCCAGGUUGGUGUCAUCCAUCCAAGCUAUUAUGGCUUCUACGGCUGGUUACAUCAUCUCCUCAUCCUGUCAGGACAUCAUUGAGGACCAACACUGGCUGACCUGCUCCUACAUAUGGUUUGCUGUGCCGUACUUUGUGUAUGACAUCUACGCCAUGUUCAUGUGUUACUGGCACAAGCUCCAGGUCAAAGGGCACGAGGUGGACAACGGCUCCAAAUCCAAGGCUACGGCAGUCAGAGGCUAUCUCCGGCGAGAGUUCCUCAUGAUCUUACAUCACGUUGUCAUGGUCACCGCGUGCUUCCCUAUCUCUGUGUUCUGGAGGCAGGGAAAGGGCGAUUACUUCCAGGGUGUCAUGUUCCUGGCUGAACUCAGCACACCGUCCGUCUGUCUGGGCAAAAUCCUCAUCCAGUACAAGCAACAGCACACACUUCUUCACAAAGUGAAUGGAGCUGUUAUGCUGAUCACUUUCUUCCUCUGUCGAGUCCUUCUCUUCCCCUAUCUCUACUACGUUUAUGGAAGGUACGCCUCUAUUCCCUUCUACCGGGUUCCUUUUGAGGUGCCCUGGCAGUGUAAUCUCGGAGCAGCUCUCCUCAUGGCCCCGCAGCUCUACUGGUUCUCCCUGAUCUGCAGGGGGGCACUGCGCCUGUUUACCGGCCGAUCCUCGCGCUCCCGCAAACCGACGGCUCCGGUCAAGCCCGAUUUCGAAGGACAUGAGCCAAUGACUCAGUCGGCCUAAUGGAUACAGUACACAGAUGGUGGGUCGGGACACACCCGCAAUGUCUCACUGAGGGGAGGAGCUUAUGCAAAUGAGACUAAGCUAAGAAGAAAGGGGAUUGGAUGAACACAAUGAUGAAGUGACAGAGCAGAAGGGCAGGUUGCCAAGGAAGUACAAGAGUGAUUAAAGAGGUACUGAAAUAGACUAGACGCCCUGUAAUGCAUUACAGAACAGCAUUAUGUUUAGUUACAGGGCUUGUGUACUGUAUAUAAGACAUGCUUUAGUAGAUCAUGGGAAGCUAUGGCGAAAAAAAAUCAGUGGAAGUGUCUACUCAACGGCCAGAUGUGCGUCACAUCACAACUGAGGCAAUAAGUGCAAAUUUUAUGCGAGAACAUUUCUGAACCAAGAGAAGCACUUUUUGUUUGAGGCACUUUGAAGGGGUCGUGGAAUGUCAAACUGAGGUCUCGUGCCCGAGGUCUGUUCUUUGCAUAUAUUAUUGUAGUGUUGCAGAUGCAUCAUUCAUAGAAAAGUCCUUGACUAUUAUAUUUAGCACUGGUCUACAAUGAGUAACCCAAGCUUUAAUGUCUCUAGAGAGUUCGGUCGAAAGGCCUCUUGUUCGGUUUAAAGGGACAGUUCACCCAAAAAUGAACAUUUAUUUUAUUAGUGAAACACAAAUUUGAGGUGUUAGGCAGAAUGUCUGAGCUGCUCUUUUCCAUACAGUGAUUUAUUCUGUUCCAAAAUGGGAAAAACUACCGUCCAAAAGUUUGAGGUCAAUACGAUUAGAAAAAAAAAAAAAAAGAAAUGAAUACUUUUAUUGAGCAAGGACUCAAACUUUCAAGAAAUGUCAAACUUUUGAACAAUAGUGUAAGUAUAUUCAAAUAUUUAAGGCAGAUAUGAUAAGACAAUAAUUAUUUUCAUGAUAUGGCUGAUAUAAUUAGGGGUCAAGCACCGAAGUAAUAAUUGGCGUUCUUCUUCUUCUUAUUAUUAUUCUGUUUCCAUUCCUUCUGCUCUUGAACCGUCUGUGGGAAAGUUAUGUAAUUUGGAACACUGAUAGAGGACUGGCCCAACAUUAACUACACCAAUUUUGGAGUCUCUAACUCAGUCCCUCUAGCGCCACCAACUGUCCAAAAUUUCAAUCAUGUUUAGGCGAAUAACCGUUAAAGCUAGAGAUGAAAUUACGCUUAUGAUGUUAUUUUCCGUCAUAAAAUUUUCCUGUCAUUUUGAAUUUUGCAACAAACCUACUUUUUCGAAUUUUCACCAGAAUUAAACCACAUAAUCUUCAGACCACGCUGACAAAAAGUUAUAGAUUCAUGAAACAUGAAACUCGCAAACAAAUUUUACGUAGCGUUCGCAAAAAUAUAUCUCCACACUGCUUUAUCUUAUUCACACCAAACUUGGUAUAUGUCACCACAAGCAUAAUCUGAGGCUACAUGCUGCAUUUCGGCACAGCGCCACUUAGUGGUUCAGAGAUGCCGGCGACAUGCCGAUAUCCAAUUUUAUAUCCACAUCGACAUAUUUGUAAUAAAAUACUAUAUUUUACGAAUGCAUUAUCGUAUCAUUGCGAAACUCGGUAUGGGUCAUCAGCGCGAUGCCCUGAAGGAGCCUGAGAAGUUUCAAGCCUAGUGGUAAAAUCAUCUUAAAAUGUCAUUACUUGCUUGUUAAUGCAGCUGACGCUCCCAGCCAUGUUAGCAUGGCCUAUCAUGCUCUUUAUGGCUCUUUGUAGCUAUAUUUCUAUGCUGUUUUUUUUUUUUUUUUAAUAAAAAAUGAAAUGCUAAAGACUAAAAUCAACCUUUUUAAAUGUAAAAAUCAAUUCACAACCUUAUAAUAUACGGCAUGAAAAAUGGAUAUACAUUUUGUUCCUAAACUAUCAUAUGGCUUCAGAAGAGCAUAAAUCACUGUCCGUUUGGAUGGAAAACAGAAGAUUUUUUACCUAAUAUCUACUUUUGUGUUCUGCAGAAGAAAGAAGCAUGAUUUUGGAACAACAAUAAAUGGCUCAUUUUCAUUUUUGGUGAACUAUUCCUCAACCAGAGCUGAUCAAAUGAAAGAGAAACCCAUCAAAUGUAAUUAAACCCUGUCUGUCAGAGAAAGAGGCAGCUCAGGGUUUGGGAAUGUAUACAUGUUCAGAAAACAAGCGUUACACGUAAAGAAAAGUAGCUACCUUGAAUGUUUUCCGUUUCGACCUGUGAUCCACUGUAAGGUGGCUUUAAAUGCAUUUUCCCAGGAAAUUGUUGAACGUUUGUAGUUAGCUUUACAAUGUCCCUAGUAUAACCUCUUUAAACAAAGACCCAAGUCCUGAAACCCUGCAUAUGUUGUUAAAGGACAUGAUCAAAUAUAUAUUAAGCUGCCUUAUCCCUGUGGAAACUCUGACAACCUUAUUCCUGAUAUUUUUCUCUUUACUUUUGGCCAGAUGUGAGUUUCCUCCAAACAAAUGUGAUACUUUACAUAGUCAAUGUGAAAUUUAUUUGCACUUUAUUCAUUUUGUUGUCUUCAAAGCCAUUUUGUUCGUCUCACAGGUAAAUGUUCCUAAUUUAUUGUGUUUUUUGGAAGGUAUUUUGAUUCCUUUUUAGCCUGUCAGUCUCAGGUUUUUGUUUGUUAAUGGGUCACUCGAGCUAUCUAAUCUCUGUCUAGUCAUAAAUCAAGGAUUCAUUUGCAGAUGAAUUUGGCCCAGUAUGUUUUAUUUAAUAACACAGCAUUCAAGCGCUUGCAAGUUCAACCCGUACCACUUAUCAAACAGAAAUGAAUGACGUUGCAAAGUAUCUGCCACAAGACCUGUUUCUGAAGCUUACUUAUACUUAAAAUGACUGAAUGCUGAUUGAAAUUUAUAUAAUGAAAAGAAAAAAAAACAUACAGGUGCAAAAUGUCUAUUGCGCUGAAUUGGGUAUAUGACUUUGCAUGUGUAUAUUCCAUCUUUGUCCCUUGUGAACCCUCUAUAAUGUACCAGUUCAACGUGCACCAAUAUCCAAACUAUUUAAUCCUAGUGAACUGCAACGACUGCUUUUGAUGGUUUUCUUUGAGAGCAUCUAUGUUUUGAUUGGUUUAACUUCUGUUGUUUUUUUCCAUAUGUAAACCUGUUUAACCUGUUAACAUGAGUACAAAUGAAAGCACUGUUGUGAUUCAA